UGUCUCCUCGUCGCCGCGCCGUGCUCGUCGUCAUCGUCGUUGGUUCCUUUCCAGCGACGCAUAUUCCGCGCAAGCUCGAAGCCGUUUACUAUUGAUCGAGCAUUUCGUCCGAUGGUCGCCUCAGAAUACCACGGACGGUCCGCACGCCGUAAAUAUUCGUUCAGUGCGUCGUGGCCGACUGACUUACGCGGAUAAAACCGUUUAAAUACGGGGUAAACGUGGCCAAACAUGGUCGUAGAAGUGAUGGAGGACGGACCUCUUAUUGAGAUCUCAUAUUCACACCUUUCAGUUUCGACUGAAACUGUGGUCAUACUAUGCAUCAGUUCCGCUUUUCUACUCUGCGCCGUCGCGAUGACCUGGUGGCUUUGCCGACGACGUCGCGAGCACACCAAGCUGAAUUCCGACAAAUCCUUGGCGUUCAGGCCGCCGCACAGGAAGCCGAUGGCAGUGAAAAGUCCUGGUAGCACCAGUCACUAUUUGAAAAAGAGCCCAAGUCCCACAGGACCCGCCAAAAGUCCCCCUGGCUCUGGUGGACAGACGCCAAGUCCCACUGGUUCUCAAUCCUCGAACCCAGGUUCACAGCCCAGGACACCUCAGGGCACAGGUACCCCAGCAUUGACACCUUCUGGCGACGUUACAUUGAGCAUUGAAAACGAACGGGACAAAGCGGAAAUCGAGAACAACGAGAAAACGGAACGCAAGAAAAAUCACGCGAAUGAAAAUAACAAAGACAACUUGGGUCAAUUGGUGUUCAAAUUGCGCUACGUGAGCGAGCAAAACGCGCUCAGAGUGACGGUAGUUAAUUGCAAAGGAUUACCUGUAAGGGAGCAGAAUGCCACCAGUGACCCGUACGUGAAAUUGAAAUUAUUACCCGACAAACAGCAUCAGGUGAAGACGAGGGUCCUUAGGAACACCAGGGAUCCAGUAUACGACGAGGAUUUCACGUUCUUUGGAAUAUCGAAAGAUCAGCUUCAGAAAAUCAGCCUGCACUUCAUAGUGCUAAGCUUCGAUAGAUACUCUCGGGAUGAUAUUAUCGGUGAAUUGACUUGCGCAUUAUCAUCGGUGUCCGGUUUGGAGAGCGCUGAUAACCAAGAGAUAUCAUUAUGUCGAAAAAUAUGUCCCAGAAGCCUGAAGAUUCAGUCACAAGGCAGGGGAGAAUUGCUAGUUUCCCUUUGCUGGCAACCACUCAACAGCCGAUUAACGGUGGUCGUGUUGAAGGCCCAGAAUUUACCAAAGAUGGAUGUAACAGGUCUGGCUGAUCCAUACGUGAAGAUCUAUCUUCUAUACAAUUCUCAACGCAUUGCAAAGCAGAAGACGCGUGUGAAGAAACGCACUCUGAGCCCUCUGUUCAAUGAAUCUUUCGUUUUCGACAUACCAAAUGGUGCGGAUGGUCUUAACAAUGUCAGCCUCGAAUUUAUGUUGAUCGACUGGGAUCGAGUUACAAGAAACGAGGUGAUCGGACGGCUUGAAUUCGGCGGUCCAGAUUGUCAAGGAUCAGCUUUGAAUCAUUGGAGGGAAGUUUGCAGCUCGCCGCAGAGGCAGAUCGCUGAAUGGCACAAAUUAAGGGAGUAACUGAUAUUUUCCAGCCCUAUCGACUUUCCUGGAAUCCCGUCUCCAACUAUCCAAUAGCCCCACAUCCUUCUCCAUUGUGAAACCACCGAUCCAACCCCUCGAAACCCUACGAUGAAGUAGGGUAUCUGUUUUGUAAACCUAAUACUCGAUGUAUAUUAGGCUUGAAGCGAGUGGCGGCACGUCCACCCGCGAUCGAUGCAACUGCGGAUGCACCGUGAUGAGGUCUAGUACAGGGAUGAACAUCAAGGUAAUCUUUUCAAGUAACGUAAGACAUUUUAAACCCAAAAUUUUUAAGUCACUAUUACACUGUGUCAUUUGAUCACCUCAAUUAUUAAGGCCCAGGUGUUUACUUAAUUGAUGAGACCAUUCAUUUCCUUGAUGAAUAUUGAUAAUGUAAUGUACAAGCGUGUACUGCAUACAUAUCUACAUUAUAGUUAAAAUUUAUUUAUAUAAAAAUAUACAAUUUUCUUUUAAAAAUUUGGGUCUAAUAGAUUCUGAUGUUCAUUCCUGGUCUAGUCGUUACGUACUGGCCUGAAGCGCGUAUGAAGAGUAACUUUGAUCGCGAGACAAAUUUUUUUUCUUUUUUGUUAAAAUUUUGUUUAAACUUCAUAAAUCGAUAGAUAGCCGCCAUAACCUUAAUGAUAGUUCCUUCACGCUUCUUACAAAAUGGAAGACGAAUUCGCUCAAGAAGCGAUGGAUUAUCGAACGACUGCGGAUAGAUUGGAACGAAGAUUAAAAACAUGUAGCUGAUAAAUUGGAAAUUUUCAUUUAGUUUCUGUAAAUGGAACGUUUUGUCAGCCGUUGACUAUGUUUCUCGUUGGUUGCAGUGGCAAACGAUCGCGGGAGAAACGCAUACAAAUUGCUUUACAAUAUAAAUAUAGUUAUUAAGAUUUCCGACCAGAUGAAAAGGGAGGAGGAAAAUAAGGCAGUUAACUAGAAAACAAUUGAACGUUUAUCGAUUGUUUUGUGCGCUAUUGUUGCAACACAGGGUUGUGUUUUAAUCCUCAACUUAAGAAAAUUUUUUCCAUUUCUAAAUGGAAAUCUUCUGCUUAUGAAAUUUUAAAUGACUUGAAAAAUGAUAUUAAUAUUUAAUUUGAUAAUUAAAUUUAUUUAUGUAUAGCAGGCAUAGCUUUGUAAAAUUUUAAAGCCAACAAUUGAACGGUUGAAAUUUAUUUAAACAAAUUUAUUUUGCACGACCCUGUCAGAUCACUAAGACCGUCAUUUUUGCUAAAGUUAAUGUGAACUAAUCGUAAAAAAUAUCGAGAGUCAAGCGAUCCAAAUCGUAUAAAUGCAAGAAUCUCUCCUUAGUUCAUUAAUUAAUUUCAUGCAAACUUUAUUCAUAAAGGAAGAUUAAAUUACUUUUAAUUACAUAUAAUUAGCAUAGGUUUAUGCUAAUUUUCUUUGUUAAAACCUUGGAAAGAUUCUUGUCAAAACACACACACACAUACCACAAGACGUGGAGACGAUUCUGGAAACGUCAUAAACAUCGAUUAAGCUUAAAAACAAUAUUACGAUUAUUCGUUCCUGUUCCAAAAUUUCAUAGCUCCACGUCAACUGGCUACAUCACAAUUACUUCAACAAUUAAAUAAUGAAUAAGAAAUAAAUUGCAAUGGAAAAGAUCCGAUAAUCGCUACGUAAAUCUUUGUGGUGCAUUCAAUUAAUUACAUUAGUACAGUAUCGAGCAAAGUAGGCUUUCUUAGGAAAAAUGGCGAUAUUGGAGAAGCAGGCAACUGAUAGCCGGUUUUCCUCGGAAAAUCUAUGAUAAUCGACACUGUACAUCAUUUCUUACGAUUCAUUACAUUUCUAAUAGGUGAUCGUAUUUUUAUUUUCACGCCAAUAGCAUGGUAAUACUAUUUGUGGAACGGGGUCGAUGAAUUGUGACGUUGUUUUCAAGUGCCAAUGGAAACCGCUUCGCGAUUGUAAAUAUGUAAUUUACGUUCGAAUAGAGAUGAAAAUACGAAUACUUUAUUUAGUUACGAACCGUUUGUGGUUUCAAUUGCUAUUAAUGGAAAAAAUUAGUACGUACCACUAUAGUUUGUGAACAGGAUACAACUGCACAGAGUGUAACACGAACAAUUGGUAUCAUCUAAUGCCCUUGUCGAAAAGUGUUUUUACAGCGGUAAAAAGGCGAGAGUGAGGUUCUAAACAUUUAUUUACAGAUUCAACGAUAUCGUUGCUUGUUCUGACGAUGAUUAGUGUGUUAAUGAUUUUCGUCUCUAAUAAUUUUUCUCCGGAUCAAUAAAACCGUCACUCUCGCUCGGAAAGACUAUAAUACUGAUCGAUCAUUCAUGAAAUGAUCCUAAGAAUAUGAAAACUCGUUUUUAAAGGGCGAAUAUAUUACUAACUCUACUUUACACGAUUAAAUGAAAAAUUACACUUCUGCUAUUUCGUAGUUUGUUAAUGAUCAUUAUUGCUGGAUUAUUGGCAUUACUAAUGAUUAAUGUAUGAUGAAUUUAAUUGUGUAAAAAGGGAGGUGAUGUCCGAAGGCCCCGUUCGCAUUUACCACAAUUUUCAGCACUGCGAUGAUUAACGAAUAUCAAUUAAGUAUUAUCUUAAGCUAGAAACUUUAAAGUUACUUUAAACUUCAGAUAGAUAACCUUCAGCACAUAGCUUCUACACGCGAUCUAAGUAAAUGAAUAUCCGGUUUAAGUAUAAAGUAACUUUAGAAUUUUUAAUCCUAACCGAUCAUCGCUAAUUGUUAUGAAAUAUUUGCUAUGUUCAGGGCUUUUUUUCUGAUGGUGUAUCCCUACACGAUCAAGGUUUUAUACAAGAAUGUUCCUACGAAAUAAAUCCAUGUAAUUCGAUUGAAAGGUUAUCCUUUGUUACGUAAAAUUACAACGCUAAAUAAUUGAAAAUUAACGUUUAGCUGUAAGUUGUUAGAAAACUUAUAGUAUAUUAAAAUACAAAAUAGAUUUGAUUAAAUUGUUUUAAUUGAAUUUUGUUGAAAUCCAAAAUUUAAUUGUACCAUACAUCCUAACACAUUCUUGUACAUAUGCAAUUGAUAAAAUAUGUUUAUUGUUCUUCGAAUAACACCAAUUGAAGUUAUUAGUUGACUUUUGAAAUAAUUAUUGAAAUUGUAAUACAGAUCAUCGAUGGUAUUGUUAAAUCAUAUCCGACGAUUAUGUACCUCGUUCAAACAUCAAUAAACAUAAAAAGGAGAUUAAUUUAAAAAAAUAAAGAACCACCAUUGGCAAACUCCAAUUUUUAAACUCAGUUUUUCUCUUCAGAAGGAAAGCGCCUGACAAGUAACAUAAGUUCGUUGUUGCAUUAAAUUAAAGUCAAUAACCGGUAACAUGUAAAGCGAUCGUUUUAUUUUUAUUUUAUUGCCAUUUCCCGUUUCAUUACUUUUCUUUUGCGAGCAGGAAGUAGAGGUGCUGCGAUCGAUAAUUUACGAUUUCUUUGUAUUAAUUAAAUUGUAAAAAAUUUGCUACUUGGUUCCUUCUUCCAUUGAUGAUGGCAGCAUCUCUAAUAAGAACACAAAGGAAAUAAGAAAGCUCGAUGAAUAAGGUUAGGAAAGCAGAAGACGAACUGAUUUAAAAAUGAAGAAGCAACGACACACAUCAGCACCAAAAAACGAAAGUAACCAACAAAAUACAUCGCGAUCUGUCACACAGAAGACUCGAGAAAUACACCGAAUAGCUAAGUUUACGUACUAACAAUAAGUAUAGUAGAAAAGAAAGGCGAAAGGAAGCGGAAGAUCUGCAUCGUUCUCUAUCAUCGAUGUAGGCGAAGAUAAAAUAUUACAUUAUACGAUCAAAAGUUUCAGGAUAUUUAUUUAAUUGCUAUACAACUAUAUAAGAAACGACUAUAAUAAGUAGUACGUAGAAAGACAUCUCGUAAAUAUCGUCUGUCGUUCUCCUUGAGCUCGUUACCGAUCAUUUAACGAUUUUCGAGAUUUAUCAGCGCGGAGACAAGUAUUUGAGAUCGACAGAUACUCUGUAACACAUUGAACGACGGUAUGGAAUGCUGGAAAAUCACCGUUCUUGACCUCGCAUCGUUUCUAGAUUUUCAUUGAUCAAAAAUAGAUGAACUGCGAGCGCUGGGAAACUUUACUUUUCUUGCAACAAUAAUUUUUUAUCGGAGCUCGUAUUUUGUAUUACAAUGUAGGAGAUCUACAUUUAUGAAAUACAAGGAAAUAAUCUAUUUCAUCCUUUUAGAACCCUCUCCUGUUUUUCGAUAAGAAAUAAUAGAAAUAAAGUUUUCAAUAGAUUUAUGGAUUUUGUUUCAUUAUCAGCAUAAUAUUAGGAAUAAACAUUAGCAUAAUAAAAAUAUAAUUUAAUAUAAAAUCUGCUGAUACAAUUAAAGAACAAAGUACAAAUUUAGACGUUUUACAUGUACGAGAUAUUAAUACUUUUCUUUGCGAAAUAAAAUCGUAAUUAAGGCAAUAUUUGUAAAUAAAAUCUGAUCCCUAAGGAAUCGGUGCUUUUCACGCAUUUCACAUAUCAUGUAUGUGUAUGAGCACGGCGUGUAGCAACAUGCUGUGUACGGUCAGACUGUAAGGCUGUGUGGUCAAUAAAAUAUAAAAAUAAAA